CCGGAAAUAAUCCAAGUACUGUGAAUUGCUUCACUUCGUGAUUUCCUCUUUUUAUAUGUAAAAUAUGUUUAUUUAAUCAAUUAUUUGGAAAAUUACACAAGCGAGACAAAGAGACAGAUAUCAAAGAAGAUUAUCACACUUUGAGAGGUGCCUGUUGCCCUGUCACAGUGACAAAAGACAGGGAAAGAAACAUGAACUCAAAUGAAGAGGCAGCGAGUGCAUCCAAACCUUCUCAUUUCAUAGCGAAAAAAGAGGACCUCAUUCAAGCCAGACGAGUGGUGAAGUCAGUUGGUGGAAGAGAUAUUCUUGUGCUUUACCACCAGGGGCAUUUUUAUGCUAUUGAUGUACGCUGCUACCACUCUGGAGGCCCACUUCAGCAAGGAGAUAUUGAGGAGUUUGAUGGUCGGCCAUGCAUUAUGUGCCCAUGGCACAAGUAUAAAAUUACAUUAGCUGAGGGUGAAGGUCUCUAUCAGGCAGUGGACCCUUCUGUGAAGCCUCUCAAACCAACCUGGUGUUCUAAAGGCAUUAAACAAAGAGUCCACACAGUGACAGAGAUGAAUGGAGAUGUGUUCGUCACCUUAAAUGACUUACCAGGAGCCAUUGACUCUGAUUACUACCAGACAGAGAAAUACAGAGACACUUUCAAAAAAGAAAAAAAUAUGAAGUGACCUCACAAGAAGAAUGAUAUUCAAGAGUGGCUCUGAGCCCAGAUGAUCAACAAAGAGCUUGAAAUGUGGUCUUUAUGUAAUAGCUGUAUUUUUGUACAUCCAUGUCAGAUACAGCAUCUGAUAUUAAGGUUUAAAAAAUGUAUUUUGAAAAACUCCUCCUGGGGCCUAUUUGGUGCUUUCCAAGUGCUUUUUAAAAUUUCUGGCAUAAUGGACAAGACCAUUUGUCUUUCUAUGUUUAGACAAAAUUGGUCAAUGUAAGCUUAUUUAACUUAUUUAAUAUUUCAAUUUAUUUAGUAAAUGAUCAUAAUUGUAUAAAUAUGAAUUAUUUAUUCAGUGUAUCAGAGCAUUGAGCUCUUGAGUGAUCUCGCAUGCCAUCUUAUAGAGGUUUCUUGGUGUGUUACUCAGUUUUGCUGAUUUAGGGACAGGUGUGCGGACAGCAAAAGUAGUUUGAAAGAUUAGGUAACUAAAAACAACACUGUGCAAGCACAGACACUUUCCAAUACUUCCAGCUGUUUUGGCCUUGUCUUCAGGAUAUUCUAAUUGUUUUCUUGUUUUGUUUUUUUCUCCUGUUGCUGGUGUUGAUAACUAGCUUGAAACGUACAUAUUUACAUUAAAAUGUUCAUCUAAAGGAUGAUAAAUGUUGCUCAAAAAUAUACUGUAUAUACAUGCAAAGAUAAAAGGAAAAGUAGUGUAGUAUUACAUUCUCUGUCUACAAUAAAGAAUGCACACUAUAUUUGUGCUUACGUAGACUCAGUAUAAACCACCUUUAUCAAUGCUUUUGAUUCUGUAAACAGGAAGGAGGUCUCAGGAGUUGGAGGGGGUUUGAUGUAUACAUUGUCUACGGAGUGAUGAUAGUGAGUGAAGGGAGACAAGGAGAGGUGAGUGAUUGGUGAGUGAAGGGGUCAUUGAAACUGAGGGUCAAGGAUGGAAGUGAAUGCGGGUGGGUGCCUGAAGGAGAAGUAUUCCUAAUCUUUGUGUGUAUAUAGGAGUGGUUGAUAAAGCCUUGGGGGUGGGGGAAUGCUUAAACAGCGAAUGUAGAUAACAUUCCACAGCGACACCAAUGAUGAAAAAAAAAGAUGUUUAGUAAUAGAAAGUAAGAUAAAUAGCAAAAAAAAAAAAAAAAAAAAUCCUUUCCAUCAAGCAUGUUUAAGAAAUAUGCAUACACAAAUGCAUACAAGAAAUCUCACUGAUAGAGUGCACACACAUUUCAGAAUUAAAUUUUAAAAGUAAUUGGUUUGUUUGCAUAUGUUAUUUACAUGUUUUAAGAAUGCCCAGCAAAAGUACUACUCACAAGAGCAAUGUUGGUUCUGGUAUCAGUAGCAAGCACAACUUAAAACAUGUAAAAUGACAACACUGCAAUUUCGGCCCUACUGUUCAAGGGUCAAAUGAUGGAGGAAUGACUGAAACCUUUUCAUUUACUCAAGUCAUUCAACAAUGCAACAGCUUGCUCUAAAGGCCAUAUGAUUCCACAACAAAUUACCUGUUUAAAAAAUAAACUAAUAUAAGGCAAGUACAGGUAUGAAUGAACACAGUACACUCACUGAGCUCUUUAUUAGGAACACCUGUACACCUACUUAUGUGAUUGUCUGAUCAGCAAUUGUGUGGCAGCAGUGCAGUGCAUAAAAUCAAGCAGAUACGGGUCAGGAGCUUCAGUUAAUGUUUACAUCAACCAUCAGAAUGGUGAAAAAAUGUGAUCUCAGUGAUUUGGACCGUGGCAUGAUUGUUGGUGCCAGAUGGGCUGGUUUGAGUAUUUCUGUAACUGCUGAUCUUCUGGGAUUUUCACACACAACAGUCUCUAGAGUUUACUCGGAAUGGUGCCAAAAUCAAAAACAUCCAGUGAGCGGCAGUUCUGCGGAUGGAAACGAGAGGUCAACUGAGAAUGGCCACACUGGUUCGAGCUGAAAGGCUACGAUAACUCAGAUAACUCUGUACAAUUGUAGUGUUCAGAGUAGCAUCUCAGAAAGUACAACAUGUCCAACUUGAUGCGGAUGGGCUACAACAGCAGAAGACCACGUUGGGAACUUUAUUAGGAGCAUAGUGUUCCUAAUAAAGUGCUCAGUGAGUGUAGAUUUUUAUAUAUUUUGUAUAUUUCACUCACAGAUCAACAGGAAAUCAUACAUUACCUCUUUACCCUUAAAAAUAUAAUUUAAAAUAUGUUUCUAUGAACAUUUGUAUUCAUUGUAGAGAAAUAAAAACUUUUAUUAACAUGUCAAGUGUUGGCUUGUGAAGAGAAUUUUGAAUGCUCUUAUAGAAGCAAAAUUAUAAUAUUAUAAUUUUACAUUUAGGUUAUUUCUUAUUGGAAAUUUGUUCUUAUAUAGUAUUUGAUUAGAAGAAAGAAAUAAAUUUAAACCAGAUUUGACAUGGCCAAAAUUUAUUCCUGCACAACUUAAAAAGACAUUUGAAAGGUAUUUUAAAGAAGACAAAACACAUAUCCAAAGUCUUUAUAUGACUAAAUCUAUGUUUGUUCUCUCAAAGGUCUUGAUCUUUUGACCCAAGAAAUGCUAUUUAAUCCCCAGCUCCACAUAUGUAAACAAUCAGCUGAUCCCCAGUGUACCAACAGACUUCCAAGACCAAUCUCAAUACUCGCCAACAGAACCAAUCGAGCUGUCUUUACAUUUUACAAGAGGAUGUUAGUCAUGUACACAGAGUAAAUGAUUUAUUUGUGUAGAUCACCAUUACAAUCACUGUCCAUUUAUUGAAGUCAUAAAAUUAGGAUACAGUUGGCAGAAAAGAGUUGAAGCAGUUUACGAGUGUCUACCACUAUCCACAGUAUAUACGUUGAAAUGCAUAGGAUUUCCACAGUUGCCACUGUUUAAAUGUGGGAAUGAUGGAUGUGUGUAUAGGGGAAUGGACCAUUAGAAAACUGCUACUGUGUUUUACUUUUACACGGUCCACGAGUUAUGUAACACAUCAGCCUAUAACAGCUUCAGGCACGUGCUUGCUCUGCAAAGGGUAUUUGUUUGUGAAUAGAUAUAGUGGUGGCUGGGAGAUGGAGGACAGGAAUGAUGGUAUUCAAGACUGAAAACUUUGUGUAGGCUACAUCUAACAUGUGUAUGUGUGCAUGUGCAUUUUAUGUACUGAACAGUAGUAUUGUAAAUUACUUUUUUACAUUUUACAGUUUGUGCAAGUAAAAAAUAAAAAUAAAAAUAACAUCAGGCA